AUGUCCCCCUCUGCCCGCCCCGUCUACUACAGCGUUGUUUUCGCCUGGUAUGUGAUUCUUUUCUACGCCGUCUCCCCCUACGUGGCCAAACUGGAAAAGCCCAUCGCGUCCACAGGUCGCUUCUGCCAGUUCUUUGGCGGUCAGUGGAGAUACCUGAGUUUUCUCAUUGUGGUUUUGCAGGUUAUUUUCUAUGGGAUCUCCUUGCUGACCAGUGCAUUCAUACUAAUGAAGAAACAAAGAAUUGCCACGAUCAUGAUAUCCUUUAAAGACUUGAUCUUUAGUAGCUUGGUUUUUCCAUUUUCCACAUUUGUGAUUGUUUCAUUUUGGAGUAUAUAUCUCUAUGAUAAGGAACUUGUUUUCCCAAAAUUUAUGGAAUCAGUUAUUCCUGAAUGGAUAAAUCAUGGAAUGCACACUUCGGUAUUUCCUUUGGCCCUGAUAGAAAUUGUUGCUGUCCCUCAUCAGUAUUCAUCAGUGGGUAAAAGUCUCAGCAUCUUAGGAAUGACUGCACUGGGCUAUCAACUUUGGGUCCUCUACUAUUUUGCUAAAACAGGCAAAUGGUUAUAUCCUCUCUUCAAGUUUUUAAGUCCACUUGGCAUCAUAGUGUUUGCAGGGAUUGGUCUUGUCACCCUUUUCUUUUACUACAUGUUAGGAAGAUUUCUCAACCGCAUGAUUUGGGAUAUAAUGGGUGGGUUCACAUAUCAUGCUAAACCAAACAAGUGUUUAGUUCUCCAUUCAGCAGCCAUGCUGAGAAGUGAGCAGAGAUCCGGGUAA